AAAGAGACCUCAAGAACAGGGAGGUUGUCCUUUCAGGAAGGUGCUUCAAAUGGUACAUGAUUGUCCUAUCUUUGGGUUGGGACUAAAUAGGGGAGGAACAAAGAGUAAGGAUGCCCUAUGUAUAAUGGAUAGGUGUUCAUGUAUUUACUUUUCUUUCUCUGCUUUGGUUAGUUGAACAAAUCAACUCUCUCGACAAAAAUUUUGCAGCAGUUAACCUUUUUGUUACUUGAUUUCAAUGAGAACACCUCUGUUUUCAUGAAAGUAGUUCAGUAAGUAAGAAUUGAACUUAUAAUUUAUCGAUACAAAGAUAAAUGUUUUUAUUUAUACGCCACCUAACAAUUUACAAGAAUUGCAAUUUCUACCUAACUUGCUAUCCUAUGCAAGAGUGCAUCUUUCAUGUCUCAUCUUAUCAGAACCUACUACACGAACAUCCUUACUCUUAAAGUUGUGUUUUGGGUAUGAACUAACCACUACUCUUAAGUUCUCUAUCUUCUUGAUAAUUGGGUAUCCUUUGUCACACUAAAUUUUUGUCUUUUUAAUAGUUUUAUCAAUAAUCCUCUAAUCAUAUAUCAAGAUGGUCCAAAAUGUUCUCACGGUAUGUGAAUAGUGGUGGCAAUUUUCAAUCCAAUCCACCAACCCAUUAAAAAUAUCCACCUAAUCCAAUCCACUUGAUCAAAAUGACAAAUUACGGUUUGAUACCUAUACUUUUUAUAUUUUACAUUUUGGUACUCAAAAUUUAAUUUUUUAUACAAAAAACUCAUUGGAAAAUUACGUUUUGGUACCUAAAAUUUUUCAUUAUGACAUUUUAGUACCUAAACUUUCCACAUUUAACAUAUUGGUCCUUGGUUGAAGAUGUCAUUUGAAUUCAUGGAUGAUCCACCAACCUACUUGAUCCAAUCCAUGAAUCCACCAAUCCAUUUGAUCAUGCUCAUACUCAUACGUAUAUGAAAUUAUGAAUACGGUGAUAUUCGUUUCAUUCGGGCUUUGGCCCCAUUCUCUGAGUCUGAGGGAAGGGAUGCGCCAGAGCCCAGUUCAAGUGAAGCUCUUAGCAGCUGAAGGCCCGGUAACUCGGUACGUUACCAGCCCAGGCCCGUGUGAAUCCCAUCCCACUCUCCGCUCUCUCUCUCUUCAGUCGAGAAAUCACCCAACGGAAUGCUCUCUGAUAGAGAAACGAAAGGACGAAACCGAGAAGAAAACAAAUCGAGAGAGAGAGAGAGAGAAAGAGACGCAAAAGGAGGAGAAAAGGAAGGUUUCUCUCUCUUCUUCUCCCUUCCGCUUCAGCAGCAAGCAUCAAGAGCUACAGCAGCAGCAGAGCUCCACUGAAUCCACUGCACCUUUCGCUUUUUUCUGCUCUGCCCAGAGUAAGAUCUUCGAAUUCUCCAUUCCAUACUUUCUCUUUUGCCCUCCCUCAGCUUUCAUUUUCAAUACAGUCAGUGCGAAUUGCAAAAUUUCUGAUACUUUCAGUCUCGUUCUGCUCCUCUUCCCAGUUGAACGAAUUGGAAGCUACCUAUUUUCAAUUGAGAUUGGUUUUCCGCGGGAACGAAUUUAGGGAUUCGGUUUAUGUUGGCUUUCAUUUCUGGCAGCAGGGAGGGUUUUCUUGGUGAUUUAUGUUGAUUUCCUCACUUCAGUGGGGAGGAAUCCUGUGAGUUAUAUAGUCCCAAUACUCGGUUUCCAGUUGUUUAUGUAGAGCGUUGUUGCCUGUUGGCCAUUCAGAGGGCUGAACUGCUGUGGAGCUAGGUUUUAGAGUUAUCUUAUUAGAGGUUAGGUGAGUAGCUGAAAACCAAAUGUCUGGUGGUGGCAAUAACAACAACCCGCCAAAGAGCCUGGGGCAGUCUUCAUCUCCAUUUGGGAAUGUUGGGAUACUCAACUCAUCUCCGAUGCCUACGAAUCAAGGGUUCCCACAGUCACAAGGGCAGCAGCAGGGACAGAUUAGUGUAGGGUUCCAGAACCAGUUCCAGCAGCUGUCUCAAGCUCAAGCUAGCGUCCAAGCACAGCUGAAAGCACAAGCAGCCCAUGCUGCUCAGGUUCAAGCACACGCCCAGUUCCAAGCGCAUUUACAAGCGCAGGGGAUCUCCCUCAAUCAGGGCCAGAAUGCCGGGAUGGGAGGAGGCUUCGGGACUUCCUCCUCGACUUCAUUUGGCACCCCUGGGUUGGCCAGUGCAAAGCGGGUUGGUCAGAAACCACUGGGAAGACCUCCUGGUAUUCCCAUGAACAACAUGGUCUCUCCUCCCAAAAUGAUGGAUUUAACUCCAGCUAAUCGUAAGAAGAAGCAGAAGGUGCCAGAGAAGCAGCUGCAUGAGAGAGUGGCGGGGAUUCUUCCAGAGUCUGCACUUUAUACGCAGCUUCUCGAAUUUGAGUCCCGUGUUGAUGCUGCUCUAGCUAGGAAGAAAGUUGAUAUUCAGGAGGCACUUAAGAGUCCUCCAUCUGUUCAGAAAACACUGAGGAUCUAUGUCUUCAACACGUUUGCCAACCAGAUAAAAACAAUUCCCAAUAAACCGAAUUCCGAACCUCCUUCCUGGACUCUAAAAAUUGUUGGGAGGAUUUUGGAAGAUGGAGUGGAUCCUGACCAGCCUGGUGUGCUUGCUCAGAAACCGAAUCCCUUGUUACCAAAGUUCUCGUCUUUCUUCAAGAGAGUGACCAUAUCAUUAGAUCAAAGACUAUAUCCAGAUAAUCACAUGAUCAUAUGGGAGCAGGCUCGCUCGCCUGCUCCACAUGAAGGUUUUGAAGUGAAGAGGAAAGGAGAGAACGAGUUCACUGUUCAUAUUCGCUUGGAUAUGAAUUAUGCGCCUGAGAAAUUUAAGCUAUCUCCAGCUUUGACAGAAGUUCUUGGUAUCGAGGUAGAAAGCCGCCCUAGAAUAAUUGCUGCAAUCUGGCAUUAUGUAAAAGCUAGGAAACUGCACAGCCCAGAUGACCCUGCUUUCUUUAACUGUGAUCCACCUCUUCAAAAAGUAUUUGGGGAGGCAAAAGUGAAGUUCACUAUGGUUUCACAGAAGAUAUCUCAGCAUUUAUUUCCUCCACAACCGAUCCAUUUAGAACAUCAGAUUAAGCUCUCGGGGAAUAGUCCUGUGGGGACAGCCUGCUAUGACGUGUUGGUAGAUGUGCCAUUCCCGAUUCAAAGGGAAUUGACAGCAUUGUUAGCGAAUGCGGAGAAGAACAAGGAGAUUGAUGCAUGUGAUGAAUCAAUAUGCGGUGCCAUCAGGAAAAUUCAUGAGCAUCGUAGAAGACGAGCAUUCUUUCUUGGGUUUAGUCAAUCACCAGUUGAGUUUAUUAAUGCUUUAAUUGAAUCACAAAGCAAGGACUUGAAGCUUGUAGCUGGAGAAGCCAGUCGAAGUGUUGAGAAGGAACGCCGAGCAGAGUUUUUCAAUCAACCAUGGGUUGAAGACGCUGUAAUCCGAUACUUGAACCGCAAGCCUGCUGCAGGAAGUGAAGCUCCUGGAAGUGCAUAAUUUUAUAAAAUGGUUUUCCAUCUUGCUUGCUCAUUAAGUGGUGGAUGAUUUAACCUAGGAUGUUUUAAGUUAUGAUCCAAAUUUGUUGAGAGGAAGAGGAAUCGCUCCGUGCUUGUAUAACCAGAAUUCUGCUCUGCACUGUAGCUCUUUCUUGAAAUAGGAAUUAUGCUUGUGGGUCUAUUCUAUACAUGUAUUGGAUCCCAGAAUCAGAAUGUAGUUCGUUGGCAGUUGUGUUAAUGGCAGAAAGGUGGCGAGGUUCGUAGCCCUUUUCUUCCCUUCUCGUCUUUUGUUUUGCCUGGGACUGUCGUGAGAUAUAGGUAGCAAACAGAAGUUGACCGAAAUCAUUUACAUGUUAAUUUAUCAGAUACAUUAAGGAGUUGUUGGUUGCAGUGAUUUUGAUACUGGCUAGGCUAGUCAUAAUGAUUUUACCAUGCACUUGUGAUGAGUCUGUGCCUGUUGAAGGUUGAUAUGAUUGUAUUGUUAUUUUAGAGGUUUUUAGUAUCUGGUUCUCUCCGUCUUUGCAAAUCUUUAGUUUCAUUGAUUUUAUCUCCAGUGACCAGUGUGGUUAAACAAAGAUUAACAAAUUGG